CAAAAACAGUUCUACCCCCUAAGGUGUUAAUAGCUGUAGAGGAAGCAUGUUUCAAUUAGUCUUGGUAGGGCUCUUGUGGUUUAUCAAUGUGCGUACUCAACUAUUCAACCCUCUAUUUCCCCAGUCCCCUCGGUGUACAGUAGCUCUGACCUAGCAGAGCUAAGACCACCAGGGAUACACCCUACUGUCACUCAAGGUAGAUGUUAUGAUCUCACAGUGUCCAUGGUGAUUUUAUUUCUGGAGGUUGCUGUCAUGUUAACGUCAGACUAAAGGGGGAAGGUCCUAUUUGUAUGGCAGGAAUUGUUGAAAAAUCCUUUUCAGAGUUGUCUUUGAUGAGAAUGCAUAUAUACUGACUAUGCUGAGCUGUAUGUGCAGGGUUUCUUAUUUGGACUAAAAACGACAAGUUAUUCUAGAGGAUGUGUAUAUGGACACUGAAAUGUUAUGUCAGAAUUGUAUUCAAACUAACAGGAUGUCUGAGUUGGAGCCAGUGGGAAUGGGGCUCCGUGUUACAGUGUCCCCCAUUCAAACAGCCUUCUACAUCCUCCUGGUGACGUUGGGCAUUAUGGGAAACACCUUUGUGAUUGCUGUGAUUGGCAGGAGUCUUUUCACAGACCCUGGCGGAGGUCGUAACUCAGACAUCAUCUUGAUAAACAUGGCUCUGUCCAACCUGCUGGUGUCAAUAUUAAGGAACUCUCUGCUGGUCAUCUCAGACCUGGGACUGGAGCUAUACUCCUCCAAAAUAUUUUGUCAACUCCUCAUGGGGGUGUGGGUGUGGCUUCGAUCGGCCAACGUGUGGUCCACACUGUACCUCAGCGCCUUCCACUUCCAGACCCUACGUCGCCUGGCUCCUUCCGCAGGACACAUCGGUCUGCAGCGCGGAGCUCCCAAAUCCUUACUGCUGAGUCUGAGUCUUAUCUGGUUCCUCAGCUACAUCUACUCCAUCCCUGCUCAUGUGUUCUCCACCAGGGGAAACCAGAACAGCACAGAGACACUGAUGAUGGUAAGCAGCACCACACGCCCUCUGCUGGGCUGUGUGUGGAACUUCCCCUCUGCUUAUAGUGGGCUGGCCUAUGCCACCACCUCCAUGGUGAUCCAUGAGAUUGUGCCUAUCAUUCUCAUGGCCAUCACCAACCUGGGCUCCCUCUACACGCUCUACUCCCAUGUCAGGACACGCAAGUCCUCCAAUCAAGCCCAGAUUGCCCCCAUCAUCAAGAGGGUGCCGGCUGAGAAGAGAGCCGCCAAGGUGAUUCUAGCUUUGAUCAUGCUCUUCAUUGUAUCCUGGGGGACAAGCAUCAUCUCAGUCAACUACUUCAACUACAACCGUGGCUCAUCCGCUGACUUCCUGUUGGUCCUAGCUCGCUUCGCUAACAUCAUCUUCAUUGCCUUGUCACCCAUGGUGUUGGCUGUAGGUCAUCGGGGACUACGAUCAUUCAUCAAGUCUGUGCUGACUCACUGACAGAUCCUACACUACAGCAUUCUGUCUUUCUCUAUACACUGUCAGAUGAUAAAAUUGAAUUAGUUCUGAGAUUUUCGCCCUCUAUCAAAAUGUUUUGUGUUGAUUCCGGUCUCUGCAACAAAACCCAUUUACUUGUGUUUUUCUGCAGCACACAUUUCUGUUUUGAAGAUAAGCUGACCAAGUUCGAUGUUGUCAAAUUAUCUAACAAAUAAAUGUGAACUGUCUUAUUACUUGUAAAGAUGAUUUAAUUUUAACAUUUCUUCAACUGAGACAAUGUAUGUAGCCCAUAUACCUUUAAAAAUGUUCAAUCCCAAAUGUUCUUUUUGUAUUUAUUGUAUCAAUGAGGGAGUUAACAUCUUGCGUAACUAGUCUAGUAGCAGGUUAAAAACGUGUUGAGGUAGAAUUAUCAGGGGCCCCUUUGACACUGACAACCCUGUGCACAAGACAGUUACUAAUUUCUGACUCAAUUCAUUUCCAUUCCCUUUAUUUAUCCAAAGGAAAUGCAAGUCUUCAGGUAAUACCAUUUAUACAAUUACAGAACAAGUAAAAAGUAAAAGUACUUACUGUAAGUCGCUCUGGAUAAGCGCGUCUGCUAAAUGACUAAAUGUAAAAUACAGAGGUACCACAUAUAAUACACACAAUAGUAGCAAUUGAAUAUCAGAAUAAUUGAAGCUACUCGAUCCACCUCGGAUUAUUUAACAGAAUGAAUGUAGGUUACAAUAUCUGACACACUUUUUUGAAAAUUGUAAAUCUGUCCCCCCUAUGUUUUACCAAUGAAAAUUAUAUUUAAAGGACGCAUUUCUCAAUUAUUAAAAAAAUACUGUCUCACCUAUAUCUGAAACCAAACCUAUGCCUCUGAUAAAGACUAAAUAAAUACAUGUAAGAUAAUAUUGUUUAUUACUUUCUGAACUCUAGAACACAAUUCCUGUAUGAAAUCCAAAAUCUAACUUAUUGCUUGACAUUGCCAGUUGAUAGUCAUGUCUAUUCAUGUCAUGUUCAUGUCAAUUGUAAAUUUGAAAUAGUGAAAAUUACUGUUAUGGUCACAGGGAAUUUAAUGUGUUGUAGAACAUUAAGUCAGGUCAGUUUAUAACCCUGUGUCAUGUU